AUGGCCGUCAAGCAGAGGGUGCCCAGCCCCGACCUUGGAAGGGUGCUGCCUGCUGGGGUAGCCGUCACUGUCAGCAUCGUCACAGAGCCCGGGGGGAGCAUCAUCCUGCACUUCUGGAGGUUCUGGCCCAUGAGUCCCUCAGGCCACUACAGUUACUGUCUCCUAACAAACACCCUGAGCUGCCCUGGCCCUGAGCUGCCUUGCUUCCACACCUCAUUCCUGGGAGCAUUAACCUCGCUCGGUCCAUGGGGCUCCACCCGGACAGCCUCCUCGACCCUGGCCACCUCAGCCGUCGCCUUCUCCAGACACCUCCUCGGUGCUUCCCGGGCUGCUGGUCCCGGGCUGCUGAUUCAGCUCGGGCCGCGUGGCUUUCUUGGAUCUCGGCCUCCCGUUCCGUUGAGUGGACAAAAAGGCAAGUGGGCUGAAGGUGGGGCGGCUUCGAUCACAGGCCGGUUUGCCAGAGGCCUGGGGGCCACUCCUGCGCGGGGCGACCAGGAGGUCCCGUGCAGUCGCUCCCCAACGGCCAGGGACACCGCACCUCAGGCAGAGACAGCUGUGGCAGGAACCCAGCGUCCAAAGGCGCAGAGGCUAAACCCGCCCCCUUCAACCUGCCACCUCACAGGUGGAAGGGCUGCGCCAGAAGUCCCGCCCACCGGUGGCGGGGAACGCCCUCUUGGGCCACCAUUGGCCAGCAUCGGCACGUCGCUACGACCGGGAUUCUGGGGCCUGGUGACACCUGAGGAUGUGGCUGUGCAUUUCUCCCAGGAGGAGUGGAGGCUCCUUAAGUGGCUCAGAGGCACCUGUACCAUGAUGUGAUGCUGGAGAACUUUGUUUUUUUGGUACCUGGGAUCAAACUCAGGACCUUGCACUUGCAAGGCAGGUGCAGGUGGUGGAACCACUGAGCUAAAUGCCUGGUGAUGCCCGAGAACUUUGAGCUCAUUAUCUCACUGGGUAAGUCCUCAUGCACUCCAGCAGUAUACCAACCCCCUCUGCCUCUUCUGCAUGGAAAUUCUCUUCAUUCCAAAGAUGGACCACAGGGUACUUCCUUCCCAGAUUCCCUGUGGUUGAUGUGGAUCCUGGGACUGCCUUGUGUAAGACCGAGGGCCUUACCAAACCCUCCGAGGAGCUGACUGCAGUGAAGAACACCUGGGAAGGAACACACCGGACAAGUUGGAGAGUAAAACAGACCUUAGUCUGGUCAGACGGCACUCCCAAAGCAAAGUAGCUUAGAGAGGCGA